ACCAUAUCGCCAACAUGAAAGAUGGUUGAAAAGACAAAUAUCUCAAGGCCAACUUUGAUGUCGGUAUACCCCGAUUCAACAUUACUCAAACCUUGUCCAGCCUUGCAUAAGCUAUUUUACAGCAUAGACCAUCGAAAACUACAAUCACUCGUUCUUGGUUGGAUAAGGGAUUCAAAACAUGCACCAACUGCAAGCAUUCAACCUCCUCGAUUGAAAGGAUCAAAUGUGUCAGAACAUUCAGCAAAAGAUGGUGUUGUACGUAUGAAACAGGGAGCAAGAAAUAGUGUCUCGUUAGAUCAGGAAGAAUCACUCAAUUCAGACUAUCGGGAAGGGAUGAGAGCAAGAACGUAUGAGGAAUUAGAAGAGAUUUGGAAAUCAAGUCUAACGCGAAACCGAAUUAUAGAGCGUUUGACUGAUUUCGACUGGCCAGAAGGGAUCACUUAUUCGAUGAUCGCAUCAAUCAUUUUCGAAACAACUCGAUGGAAUCGCAUGCUUUACCAAUGGAACGCUUGUUGUCUUGAUUAUGGUGAUGGCGAAGAGGUGAAAAAUCUUUUGGGAAAAAAAGAUGCAUAUUCCUCAAGACAUAGAUUGUAUCAAACAAUUACACCUGCUGAACUGGUGAAGCGGAUAUCCGAAGAACUGAGUAAUUAUUGUUCCCAUUCUAUUUUCCUCGAUACACCACCAACAAAAGCAGCUGAGAUGCUUUCCCUUACCGAGACGAAACGAGCAGAAGAAGAUUGGACAAAAUCAUUCACAAGGAUACGAAUUGUUUCUUGCGAAUCGGCAACUAGUGUUUGCAAUUAUGGAUUGAAUAUCUUACAUAUACCAAAAACACCUUGGUGUCUCGUUUCUGGAUAUUUUGGAGUUAAUCGACAAGAAGAAAAAGAGAUGUUGUUUACCGCCAUUGCUCAUGCUUUUGGCGCACAAAAGGUUUUACACAACGCAACCAGAAUGAGAUCCGGCUCGGAUCAUACUCAAUACAAAACAGGCAUAUUGGGCGAACUUCAUGGUCGUGAUCCUUUAGCGCUUCGUGAAGUUUUAGUGAACGAAUAUCAUGUAUUGGAUGGUGAUGUGAUGUCAUCUCGUCUGAAAGCAGGCAAAGGUAAAGCGAUGGAUCGAAAUCAAGCAGAAGAUGGACCUUUGGUACGAGCGGAUAAACGAAAACGAGAUGACAAGAGUGGAUUAUACGAAAAGAUAGCUAGGCAUGAAAAAGAUCGUUUCAACGGUGCAGGGGAUGAGCUUAAUGCUGAAGCGAGUGCUGAGGCAAAUUCUCACAUACAGCAUCCUAGAGAGCAAAAAAUGCAAGCAAGCAGAUCAGAGGCAGAAAAGAAGAAGCGAGAGAGAGAAGUGAAUGAACUCUUUGGGCAGGAUGAAAGGUUGUCGGUACAAAGAAGCGGAUCGGUCGAUGGUCAGGCAAACGAGAUAGCAAUUGAGGAUUUGCCUCGAUUUGAAAGAACAAAGUACGAUCUAAUCCUACCGAUGCCGGAAAUGAACGGAUAUGGCGAUUUGACCAAAUCAGAUUUACGUAAAUCACCUAUUCAGCUUCGACUUGAUGGUACUCACGUGUUGGCAGGUCUGCGUAAAUUGGUUAGAGCGGGCUUGGAUGGAGAAAAGUUUGAAUCGAGCGCAGUCAAGAAGAAGCUAGCUUCCUCUGACGUGGGACAAACGACAAAGGGACUUCCUGAGUGGCUGGUCGACAUUCGCGGUACGCGGGUCUGCGUGGGACUAGAAGACGAUGACAAUGAGGAAGAGGAGGAGGAGGCGGAUUGAGGUACAUAGCUCAAUAAUACCAAAACUCCUGUGUUUUUAUGUGUAAUCUAAUGUAAUUUAUACCAUCG